AUGGAGUUGUCUGAGUCGGUGCGGAAAGGGCUGCAGUCUCUAGCAGACCCGACGCUUUUUGACCUGAAGACCUUCUCCGUGUUGAUAGAAUUAGCCUUUCGCAGCUUGCUAACCGCCCAUGCCGACCGUAGUGUUCUCGAUCAACCUGAAUUGAAACAUAUUGACCAGAAGUUGCUGAAACAUUGUCACACAGCUGCCACCACCUGCAUACUAGAGGGGGUCAAACAAAAUGUGGACAAAUCCACUAUAAGUGGUAUUGUGCUGGAGAUAAUGAAAAUUAGGUUGAAAAGCGGUGGAAUUGCCCAUUUAAGACAGCUAGUUGGGACAACUACAUAUCUCUGUCAUACUUGUGCCUGGAGGAUGUUAGGUUUGAUGCAGAGAGAACAGAUGUAUUCUACAUCACAUACCAGUAUAGGGAGAUGCCCUCCUCAUAUCAACGACGUGUCAUGGCGUCUGGAGUACCUUAUCAAGAACGGGCAUGUGCAUAAGGUCAACGAGCCGUCCUAUCUGAUUUCAUUAAACGUUGAGAAUACCAACAACGGAGGAUCGACGGAAGAAGUCAAUUUUAGCUGCACUAUGGAACAACUUCAGGAUUUGGUGGGAAAGAUGAAAGACGCUACCAAGAGUCUUGAAAAGGCUAUGCAGUUGUGACCUUAGCCUACUCGAACGGUGGAAUCCGGUUUCUCACGUGAUCUCGUCUGCUUCCUUCAUCUCCUGAAAGCACUGAAGUUCAGCGAUUUCAAGCGGCGUUGAUAUCCGCUUUGUAUUUUAUACUCAUUUAAUUCGUCAUUAAAUAUAUUUGUAUCCGUUC